AUGGCAAGCAAGCAACCUUUCAAGACAACUUUUGAGCCGGAACGGGUCAUCCGACCGAUAUUUACAGGAGGCUCUGUUGCCUUGGACAAUGGUGCUAAAAUCCUGGCCACGCCGCUCGGCGAGGAUGCUAUCCUGACGAACCCCUCCAACGGGAAGCACCUGGCAAAGAUUGAAGGAGAUGGCGAACAAAUUUCGACUCUGAGUCUGACACCUUCCGGCUCUCACCUCAUCAUCUGCUCGCGAUCCCUCUCGAUGAAGAUCUACGCCCUCAAGAUAACCGAAGACGGAACGGUAGAGGCCAAGCUGACCCGCUCCCUGAAGCCCCACGGCACUCCUGUGGUCGUUCUCGCCGUCGACCGAACAAGCACUCUCCUCGCGACUGGUGGAACUGACGGGGCAAUCAAGGUCUGGGACAUUGCUGGUGGUUACGUUACACAUACCUUCCGCGGACCUAGUGUCUUGGUAUCAGCGCUGCACUUCUUCGAAGUUGCGGCAAGAUCGAGCGAGGUCGAGGUUGAAAAGGCUGGAAAGAAGGGCAAGAAGUCGAAUGAGGCGGAGGAGAACGUCACCGCGACGACCAACUGGCGGCUCGUAUCUGGUAGCCAGGACGGCAAGGUACGGGUGUGGGAUCUUCACAAGCGCGCGGUCAUUGCAAACCUCGACUCGCACGUUUCGAACGUGCAAGGUCUGGACUACUCCCCCGAACAGCACGCAAUUGUGUCGGCAAGCAGAGACAAAACGAUUAUUUGGUGGGAUGCAAAAUCGUGGAAGAUUCGCAAGGUCGUGCCCUGUCUGGAGCUUGUCGAAGCUGUUGGGUUCACUGACGGUGGCCGGUUGACCUACUCGGCUGGUGCCAAGGGCUGCCUUCGUAUUUGGGACACCGAUACCGGCCGCGAGCUGACGAAGGAUCAGCCUGCAAAGGCGGAAGCUGAGAGCAUUGUCAGUGCUGUGUCCCACUCCGAGCUCCCUUUCAUCCUGUGCGUGCAGGUCGAUCACACCUUGGCGUUAUACAACGUGCCGCAGAAAGAGUCCGUCGAGGGGUGUAUGCCGGAGCCUUUUAGGCGGAUAUCUGGAACCCACGACUCGAUCAUUGACCUCAACUACCUCCUGCCUGAUCGCUCGCUUCUUGCCCUGGCAACCAACGCCGAGGAUAUCCGCAUUGUGUCUGUCAAGGAUUCCGAGUCUACGUACUUCGGCCAGGACUUGGCUUUGCUCAAGGGCCACGAUGAUAUCAUCGUCUCCUUGGACGUCGACUGGUCCGGCUACUGGAUUGCCACCGGCGCAAAGGACAACAAUGCCCGCUUAUGGCGUGUCGACCCCGCGAACAAUUCCUUCACAUGUCAUGCUACGUUUACCGGCCAUACGGAAUCCAUUGGUGCCGUGACACUUCCGAAGCAAAUCCCGCAAGAAUCAUCAGCACAGUUCAAAGACCCCCUGAACCACCCCCCGCCGUUUCUCUUGACUGGCUCCCAGGACCAGACGGUCAAGAAAUGGGAGAUCCCCCGAGAGGCGCAGAGCCGCAAGGGAGGAUCUCGCGCCGUCUUCACCAGAAAAGCGCACGACAAGGACAUCAAUGCAAUGGACGUUCACCCUACUAGCCAUCUCUUUGCGUCCUCGUCGCAGGACAAGAUGGUCAAGAUUUGGUCGGUGGCGGAGGGUGAAGUCCAGGGUAUUCUGCGCGGCCACCGCAGAGGUGUGUGGUCGGUCAAGUUCGCCCCCUCAGGCUGCCCCGCAAUCCAAGGUGAUGAGGGCCAGGUCGCCGGUAAGGGCGUUGUCCUCACUGGCAGCGCCGACAAGACUGUUAAAAUCUGGAGCCUAAACGACUACACAUGCAUUCGCACAUUCGAGGGCCACUCCAACAGUGUCCUCAAGGUCGUCUGGCUCAACAUGCCUAAGCCCGAGGGCAAGGGAAAGAAGCAGGUGCAGUUCGCCAGCGCGGGUAGCGAUGGCCUCGUCAAGGUCUGGGACGCCAACUCGGGCGAGACGGAAACGACACUCGACAACCACGAGGACCGCAUUUGGGCCCUUGCCGUCAACUCGGCAGACAACACCAUUGUAUCGGGUGACGGUGACUCCAUCGUCACGUUCUGGAAGGACACCACGCCCGAGUCGCAGGCUGCGGCCACACAGGCUGCGCAGAAGCUGAUCGAGCAGGAGCAAGAGCUCGAGAACCACAUCCACCACGGAUCCUACCGCGACGCCAUUGUGCUUGCUCUCCAGCUCAACCACCCCGGGCGUCUACUGAGCCUAUUCACAUCCGUUGUGACUUCCGCUCCAGAACCUGGCAGCCUAUGCGGUCUGAAGGCGGUCGACCAGGUUCUGGCGACGCUUUCUGACGAGCAAAUCUUCACGCUCCUCCUGCGCUUGCGCGACUGGAACACCAAUGCGCGGACGGCUGCGGUGGCCCAACGCAUCCUCUGGACCCUCGUACGCAGCUAUCCUGCGUCUAAAUUUUCCAACCUAUCAGUCAAGGGCGCGCGUGGGCAGAGGAGCCUUAAAGAGGUUCUCAACGCGCUCAAGGUGUACACAGAGAGGCACUACCGGCGGACGGAUGAACUCGUGGACGAGAGUUACCUGGUGGAAUAUACCCUGCGGGAAAUGGACAGUCUCGCGCCGGCAAUAGAGGAUGUGGCGAUGGGAAAUAAUAUCGGGGCCGAGGAGGAUGUCGUCAUGGCGUGA